AUGGAAAUCUCUGUUUUCUUGCAGAGGCUGCCUUCCCAGGCGCUACCUUCAGGGACGGUGGCUUCCACCAGUAGUCAGCCGAGGAAGGCCCGGCUUUGCCAUCGCAAGGCCUUGCCGUCUCCGGGCUUCGCUGUCGCGGUUUGCGGCUUGACAGUCCAGCGAGCGCAAAGAUCUAAGCAUCCUCGAUGGGGAGCAGCUGUAGCUGAAGAGGUUCUGAGUACGCCUCCUGCACAAGCAGAGGGUGAAGCGGUUGUUAUAUGGCUGCAUGGCCUGGGCGACACGGGACAAGGUUGGUCAACAACUGCUCCGGCUCUGCAGCAAAUGGGUUUGCCCAUGCUGCGGUUUGUCUUUCCCACAGCACCGCUGCGAGGCAUCGGCAGCAAAGGGCUGCGGCACUCUUGGUAUGACGUGCCAACCCUCGACCCAGAUGAGAUUUCGAGGCAGUCUUCGCCGCCCGGCCUGCUGGAGAGUGCAGGUGAUGUCCUGGGACUGGUUGAGCCUCAUGCGCCCUCAGCGGCCCUAAGAAGUCCCAAUGGAAGCUGA